CAACGCCCGCCCACAUGCGAGAUACGACUCUCCCCCUCCCCUCCUACUCCCGCAAGUCCAAGUGCUGAGCUCCUCCCCCAAUAAAUCCGCCCAGCCCCGCCGCGCCAUGCCCGCGAGACCCCUCCACGGCGACGGCCAUGGCGAACAGCAAGAGCCUGCUCCUCUGCUGGUGCUCGCUCCUCCUCCUCCUCCUCGCCGCCGCAGCGCCGCCCGCCCUCGCCCUCCCGCUCUGCACCGACUCCAGGGCGCCGGUGCCGCUGAACGGGACGACGCUGGGCUUCUGCGGCGGCGGGGGGAGCGGGAGCAGCAGCUGCUGCGGCGCCGCGGAUGAUGCCGCGCUGAGGAAGCGGUUCGAGGCGAUGAACGUCUCCGACGCCGCGUGCGCCGGGGUCGUCAAGUCCGUCCUCUGCGCGAAAUGUAAUCCAUAUUCGGCUGAGUUGUUCAACUCAAGCUCAAAGAUUCGGAUGGUUCCCGUCCUGUGCAAUGGAUCAGCUUCAGCUAGUUCUACUCAAUCGAAGGAUUCUACACAAGACUACUGCAAACUAGUUUGGGAAACAUGCAAGAAUGUGACAAUACUGAAUUCUCCUUUUCAAUCUCCUUUGCAAGGUGGUGCAACAUUACCUAGUUCAUCAUCAAAACUUACUGAUGUUUGGCAGUCAGAAAAUGACUUUUGUACAUCAUUUGGUGGCUCAUCUGACAACCAGUCAGUAUGCUUAAAUGGAAAUGAAGUUUCAUUUAGCACUUCAGAACCAUCACCCAGUCCUAAAGGGGUGUGUAUUGAGAGAAUUGGAAACGGGACAUACUUGAACAUGGCUCCUCAUCCGGAUGGAUCCAACAGAGUUUUCUUGUCUAGCCAAGCAGGUAAAAUAUGGUUGGCAACUGUCCCAGAACAAGGCUCUGGAGGCAUUCUGCAAUUUGAUGAAGCCAGCCCAUUUAUUGAUCUAACUGAUGAAGUCCACUUUGAUUCUGAGUUUGGACUCAUGGGUAUAGCAUUUCACCCAAAGUUUGCUACCAAUGGGCGCUUCUUUGUUUCUUAUAAUUGUGACAGAACUCAGUCAUCUAACUGUGCUGGUAGGUGUUCAUGUAAUUCUGAUGUUAACUGUGAUCCUUCAAAGCUUGGAUCUGAUAAUGGUGCCCAGCCAUGCCAGUACCAAGUUGUUGUUGCAGAGUACUCUGCGAAAGUCUCAUCAUCAAAUGUUUCGGAGGCAACAUCUGCUAAUCCAUCCGAGGUUAGAAGGAUAUUUACAAUGGGACUGCCAUAUACAGCCCACCAUGGGGGACAGAUACUUUUUGGACCUACAGAUGGAUAUCUGUACCUUAUGAUGGGUGAUGGUGGAAACAAAGGCGACCCUUUUAAUUUUUCUCAAAAUAAGAGAUCACUUUUGGGGAAAAUUAUGAGGCUUGAUGUUGAUGGCGUUCAAAGCCAGAGUCAAAUCAUUAACCAGAGCUUGUGGGGUAAUUAUUCUGUUCCUAAAGACAACCCAUUCAGUGACGACCGAGACUUACAACCAGAGAUUUGGGCCUUGGGCUUGAGGAACCCAUGGAGAUGUAAUUUUGAUUCUGAGAGGCCUUCCUAUUUCUACUGUGCAGAUGUUGGGCAGGAUUUAUAUGAAGAGGUAGAUUUGAUCUCGAAGGGUGGAAACUAUGGAUGGCGUGCAUAUGAGGGCCCAUACAUUUAUCAUCCAGAAUGGACUCCUGGAGGGAAUACAUCGCUUAAUUCUAUAAAUGCCAUCUUCCCUGUUAUGGGCUACAGCCAUUCUGCUAUCAACAAGAACACUGGGUCUGCAUCAAUUACAGGUGGAUUUGUUUAUCGAGGGUCUUCUGAUCCCUGCCUAUAUGGAAGGUACAUAUAUGCUGAUCUUUACGCGUCAGCAAUGUGGACCGGCACAGAGACCCCAGAGAGCAGCGGAAACUACACCUCAACUCUGAUUCCGUUCAGCUGCUCCAAGAACUCUCCAAUACCCUGCGAAUCUGCAUCAGGCAGCAACCAACCAUCGUUGGGCUACAUUUUCUCCUUCGGCGAGGACAACAACAAGGAUGUCUUCCUUCUAACAUACAAAGGCGUCUACCGAGUUGUCCGGCCUAGCCUCUGCGGCUACACCUGUGCCGCGGAGAAACCAGAGACCAACAACAAUGGAACGUCUCCCUCAGGCUCUUCAUCAUUUGCUUCAGGAAGGAGGAUAGGGAAGUUGGCAGUAGUAAUGGCGUUUGUUUUGUGUGCAUUAUUCUUCUGAGAUGUCCAUCCCUGUUAGCUUGUUAUAUAUCAUGUAUGGUUUCUUUCGCACCUGCUGUACAGCAUUGACGAGCCCUACACGUCUGUGUGACUGUUUGUGAUUAUUAGUAGUAUUUGGUUGUGCUUAGUUCUCAAGUGGUGGGCUUGUGCAAUGUAGCAUUGUGAUGACUGAAAAUUAAUUAGCCGUGCUUGCCUUUAGGAUUGGGCAAUGGGCAAGAAUAUUUGGCAAGUGGAACCACGUUACUGUUAUAAAUGAAAGUUGUACGGGGGGUAAGCUUUGUUCUGAACC